AUGGAGGAAUCAAAGAAAGAAAUUGACAAGUCUUUGAUGUUGACUAAAUUUUGUAUGCGGCGUAUCGGUCUUUCAUUCAAAGCACCUAAGAGUACGUCAGAUUACGUGCUCCAAAAAAUGAUGUUCAUAAUGACUAUUUCGAGCAUGUGCUACCACGUCUUCGGUGAUAUAAUAUACAUAAGCCUCACACUGUUUAAUUCGCCACGUGUCGAAGACGUUGUUCCGCUUUUUCACACUUUUGGAUAUGGCAUUAUGAGCAUUGCAAAGGUGUUCGUAUUGUGGUAUAAGAAAGAUGAAUUCGGUUCAUUAAUUGAAGAAUUGGGAACGAUAUGGCCAGUUCCACCACUCGAUGACGAUGCUCAAACUAUUAAGGACAAAAGCAUUGCUGCGCUCAGGAUUGCUCAUCAAUGGUACUUCGUUGUGAACGUGGCAGGUGUGUGGUUUUACAACUUAACCCCGAUCGGCAUCUACUUCUACCAAUUGUGGCAAGGACAAGAUGCCCGCGUGGGUUACGUUUGGGUGUCGUGGUACCCGUUCGAUAAACACAAGCCCAUCGCCCAUGUUGCUGUUUACAUUUUCGAAAUGUUCUCUGGUCAAAGCUGUGUUUGGAUAAUGAUUGGCACGGACCUCCUUUUCUCUGCAAUGGCAAGUCACAUCUGCCUAUUGCUGAGAUUGCUACAGAAACGCCUAGAGUCCCUGGCUUCGUCUGCUCGGACAAAUGAAGAAUAUUAUCAGGAAAUAGUUGCAAAUAUUAAAUUGCAUCAACGACUUAUUACAUAUUGUAACGAUUUGGAAGAAGCAUUUUCUGUAUCAAAUCUUAUAAAUAUCGUACUGAGUUCAGUUAACAUUUGCUGCGUGGUUUUCGUUAUAGUGCUACUUGAGCCUUUGUUGGUUAUAAGCAGUAAGCUAUUUUUUGCGUCAGCCCUCCUGCAAGUGGGACUCAUAUGUUUAUACGGAGACUCCAUUUUACAUGCUAAUGCGGACAUCGCAUCGUCGGCGUAUAAUAGCGGAUGGUACCAGACUGAACCGAGAUGCCGACGGGCGCUGCUGUUCCUCAUUAUCAGAGCCCAAAAACCAAUAGCGUUCACAGCCAUGAAAUUUACAACAAUCUCCCUUGUUACAUACUCUUCGAUUCUGACAAGAUCGUACUCCUACUUCGCUCUUCUCUACACAAUCUAUAGCGAUCAUUAA